AUGAGACUUCUCAUUAAUGCAUUAAAAUUUGAAUGCAUUUGGAGAGGAGAAAAUGAAGUUCCGUCUGAAGAUGCGCUAGUACUGCAGCUGCAGCUUGCAAAAGGGCACGAGAAAUUUAUUGAAAUGCUAAAAAGUCAGCAGCAGAUAAUUGUGGAUUUGCAGCAAAAACUUGCUGAACAACAGCAAGUAUUGGUUAGCCAGCAACGGGAAAUUCUUGAACAGCAAAGAAAAAUGUAUGAGCAAAUGGAUCUGAUCAAAGUUCAGUAUGGCAUGCUUUUUGACACAGUGAAACAAAUGUCAUUUCAGAGUUUGCAAGAAGAUAUUCAAAAUUAUUUUGAAAGUCAUCUUCAAGGACUUCAGAAGCAGGUCAGAAAUCAUCUCCAGAAGUCAUACUCUGUCCGUAAAGUAGAAGUGGAUGCAAAAGUGAUUAAUGUUGGGGAGUCUUUGCUGGACUGUGGUCUUUGUGAAAGUGAUGAAUUCUGCAAUUUCCAAAAGACACCUUCACAGUGUGAAAAAUGCACAUUGUGUCCUGCUGGCUUUUUCCAAAUGGCUGAGUGUUCUGCAAACUCUGAUCGGAUUUGUCAGGACAGAGAUGAAUGCACUGAAUCUCCAAGCAUUUGUGGUGAGAGGAUAAAAUGCCUGAAUACGCCAGGUGGUUUCCGAUGCCUUGGAAUUGCUGAGAAAGAUGCAGCUUUGGGACUGUGUGGAGAGGAGUAUUUCUUUAAUAAGGAAAUGCAGGAAUGUCAGGCGUGUUUAAAAUGUGAAGAAGGAACGGUGGCCGUGCCUUGUUCCACCGUCAGCGAUACGGUUUGUUCAGCAAGCACUGAAAACAAGCUUUCAGAGUCUUGGGCUGCAAACAUCUUUUUACCCUCUGCAAAGUCUGGCAUCUCUCAGGUCUACUCUGGCUUAAGCUUGAAGAUAAAGGGAAAGCUUCACUGUGAAAUCCUGUCAGCUGAAGAUAACAGCUUGGUGUUCAGGCAGCAUGGUCUGUUGUGGACUGACCUAAAUUUUGCAGUAAAACACAACUGCAGGAAUUUUUUGCAACUUUCCUUAAAGCUAAAUGGCAGUGAGGAAGGUUAUGAACUGAGUGGAGUUCGCAUUGAGCAACCGGAGGGAAAAUAUUUCCAGAGCACUAGUCUAAGCAGUGCUGCUGAAGUGGAGCCCAGCCAAACACUUUCUGUGUUUUUGAGGAGUCCAAAUCAGUUCUGCAAUCAAAGUAAAGACUUACAUAUUUAUGAUCUUAAUACCCCACUCAGUUUGUUUUGGUUGUCCCAUGACACGGGUGCUGUGGCAGUCAGUGCACAGUUGUCAACAGCAAUGCAUUACCAAACCAACUACCGACCUACCUUUAAAAUAGUCUCUGUUUCUGACCCUUACAUGAUAAGUUUAUCUCAUGAUGGCAGAGCUAUGAAGUUCACUGAAACUGGUGUUGUGAAAUUUGUGUUCCACCAGGCACUAUAUUCCAUGGGUCAUACAUGUGUCCGGGAGGGCUUCUCCUUAAUUUCUUAUAUCAAUAGGAAUGGUACUAACAGAGAGUUAAUGAAUGUAUUUAAAUCUGGGGUAAAUUACAGAGACACAUCAAUAUCUGCUUCUGGGGCCGCAAAAGUUCGUGCUGGAGAUCUGGUUAGCUUUGAGAUACUUUCUCCUGCACAGUGUAAUGUUCGGUAUUUUGGAGACAGUUCUGGAAUUAGUAUGUUUAGCCUCAUAUGGAUCCCUUCAGCAGUUUCUACUGCUAUAUCAGCCACAGUUUCUGUUACAAGUCUGCCUACUGGAGCUGUGAGAAACAAAUUGCUGGAUUUCACCCAGGUCUCAUCCGAUGAGAAACAGAUACAGCUGGUUUCUUCUGGACAGCUUGCCCAGAAGUAUUUCAUUUUUACCGAAAAGGGAAUUGCCAGCAUUGCCUUUAACUUAAAGCUGAUUCACUCAUGCAAUGUACUCAAAAUGACUCUCAAUCAGGUGACCAUGGAUCACAUGCAGCCCACAGCAAUUGCUCAGCAGAUUGGUGGUCAGAUGCCAGAGGGAAGCAUAUGGACCAGUGUGUCCCUCCGUGCCUCCUUUGAAGUCCGUAAUGGAACACUGGUAUCGGUUGCUCUUGACUGUGUGCGUGGAAGGAUCAACCAGAUCACUCAUGAACAUGGAACCACUAUAUCUAUUUUAUGGAUUUCAUCUUAA